AUGGCAAACCAUUUUCCAACGGAAGAGAACCUACAAAGGGCACUUUCAGCGACGGGCUUGUUAAAGUUUCCCACAGAGAAUGUAGUCAUGUCUCCCAAUGAGUCGCUCAGAGACUCGGAUCAAGACUCAGAAUUCCUGCAUGAACCUAUCCAAGAACGUUACAAUAACCCAUCUUAUGCUCGCUUUCGACGGGUGGCUUCAAAGACAAUUGUGUCAUUUGGGCCAAAUGACCCAGAUAAUCCUGUCAAUUGGAAAAAUAGUCGCAAGUUUCUGGUGCUGGCUGCCGGUGUAAUGCAAGUCAUGAACAGCACCAUUGCUUCGUCAAUCUGUAGCAACGCAAUUCCUCAGAUCGCCACAGAAUUCAACAUCCAUAAUGAGCAAGCUCUAGUGUUGCCCAUCUCCAUCUUUCUGAUCGGCUACAUCCUAGGUCCCCUUCUUUGGGGUCCUAGCUCCGAGUACUUUGGGCGCAGACGCCCUUUGCUCAUCGCAUAUUGCGGCUUCAUGAUAUUUAUGCUGGCAUGUGCAGUGGCAAAUUCGUAUCCGUCGUUGUUGGUCUUUCGCCUCCUGAAUGGAAUGAUGGCAUCGGCACCGAUCGCUACAGUGGGUGGACUGUUUGCUGAUGUGCAUGACAACCCUACCAAGAGAGGCCGUCUAAUGGCCUAUUAUAUGGCAUGCACGACUUUUGGCCCGAUUGUGGGUCCCUGGGUAUCGGGAUUUGUCGCCGUCGUGAGUUGGAGAUGGUGCUUUUGGAUUGGCCUCAUCUGCUCUGGCGCGUCUUUUCCUUUGGUCGUUUUGAUGCCGGAAACUUAUGGACCCGUUGUGCUGAAACGACGUGCGAUGAAGCUACGCAAAGACACCGGGAAUUCAAAUAUCGUGUCUCCGCUGGAAGUAGACAGUCGCAAUAUUCGUCAGAUGUUCUUUGUCACCAUUUCACGACCAUUCCGCAUGAUACUCCACGAAUCCAUCGUGUCGCUAACUUCUCUGUAUCUCGCCCUGGCGUAUGCAAUCUUCUACCUGUAUUUUGAGGCAUACCCCAUCAUCUUUCAAGAUUUGUACGGAAUGAGCGCUGGUGUUGCUGGUUUAAUGUUUUUGCCCAUUGGUAUCGGGGCUAUCCUAGCCUGCUUCGUAUUUCUCUGGUAUGACGGCUACCUGGCUCGGGCAAAAGCUCGCAAUGCCCCUUGGGCCGAGAUCGAAGAAUACAGGCGACUUCCGCUCGCUUGCCUCGGCGGUCCCUUGUACGUGAUUUCGCUCUUUUGGGUGGGAUGGACUUCCUCAGAGAAUAUCCCCUGGGUCGUUCCAUUCCUCUCUGGCAUUCCAUUUGGAAUGGGUUACCUCCUAAUUUUCAUGGCUAUGCUGAAUUAUCUGACCGACGCAUACGAAACGCUAUCGGCCAGUGCUCAGUCAGCUGCGAGCUGCACCCGUAGCAUUUUGGGGGCAGUGCUGCCCCUUGCUGCAAAACCGAUGUUCAAUCGACUGGGUAUUCACUGGGCCUGCAGUCUCAUUGCCUUUCUGGCUCUGGGUGUCUCUAUUAUCCCGUUUGCCUUCAUCCGCUAUGGUGACCGCAUAAGAGCCAACAGCAAAUUCUGUCAGGAGCUCAAACGUCUUAAGGAGCUGGAGCAGUUGGAGCUUGAGCGAGAGGAGAAUCAUCAGCAAUCUGAGGACCACGAUUUGGAGAAGGUCCCAACAACGCACACUGGCCCUAUAACAAGAGUUGAUACAGCUCGGAGCCAAGCCGACAAGGCUUCCAUCAUUUAUUAA